AUGCUGCUCGUACUCCUGCUGGCAGCCUUUUCUUCUUCCAUCUCCGGCUCCCUCUCCUCCUCCCUCUCCUCCCCCUCCAUGUCGGACGGACCCCAGAUGGCAGACCCGUCCGCCUCGGACUUGAUGGCCGAGACCUGCAGCGCCUGCUCCUGCAUGUCGGUGGAAAACGUGCUGUACGUCAACUGCGAGAAGAUCACCGUCUAUCGACCCACGCAGCUCAUCCCGCCGGCCUCGUCCCUGUACCACCUGAACUUUCAGAACAACUUCUUAAUUAUACUCUACCCAAACUCGUUCCUCAACUUCACCCACGCUGUGUCACUGCAGCUGGGGAACAAUAAACUGCAGAACAUCGAAGGUGGAGCGUUCAUGGGGAUGAGCGCGUUGAAACAGCUGCACCUGAACAAUAACGAGUUAAAGGUGCUGCGAGCGGACACUUUCCAAGGAAUAGAAAACUUGGAAUACCUUCAGGCUGACUACAACUUGAUAAAAUACAUUGAAAAGGGCGCAUUUAACAAACUGCACAAGCUAAAAGUACUCAUCCUCAAUGAUAAUCUCAUACAGGCCCUUCCUGACAACAUAUUUCGCUUUGCCUCACUCACACACCUGGAUAUAAGGGGGAACAGGAUCCAGAAGCUUCCUUAUUUGGGGGUUCUGGAGCAUAUUGGGCGCAUUGUAGAGCUGCAGCUGGAUGACAACCCGUGGAAUUGUACCUGUGAUUUAGCACCUCUUAAGGCAUGGCUUGAAAACAUGCCCUAUAAUAUUUUUAUCGGCGAGGCCAUAUGUGAAACACCAAGUGACUUGUAUGGGAGGCUCCUGAAAGAAACCAACAAACAGGAGCUUUGUCCCAUGGGAACAGGAAGUGACUUUGACGUUAGGAUGCCACCCGUACCGCCUGAUAACGGGCAGUCACCCUCCAAAAUGUCCCCGACCACCGUGGUUCCUAUAGCCACAAAAGCGCCAAAAACCACUGACUCAUCUAAGAUUUACGGUAACGGUAUUGUGGCUGGUUUACCCCCUUUUGGAAGAAAUAGCCAGAUUGUUUCCUUUCAGACACGGACUCCGCCAUUGUUGUGUCCACAGCCCUGCAGCUGUAAAGCCCACCCCUCUGACUUUGGCAUCAGCGUCAGCUGUCAGGAGAGGAAUAUUAAAAAUUUAGCUGAUCUCAUUCCCAAACCCCCAAAUGCCAAGAAGCUUCAUCUGAGUGGAAAUUACAUCCGUGACAUUAGCCCAACUGAUUUCCAAGGGUUUGAGGGUUUAGAUUUGCUACAUCUUGGCAGCAAUCAAAUUGUCACAGUCCAGAAAGGUGUGUUUGCUAACCUCACAAACCUGAGGAGACUGUAUUUGAAUGGAAACCAGCUCGAACAGUUACACCCAGAGAUGUUUUUGGGCCUCUCGAACCUGCAGUACCUGUAUUUGGAAUACAAUGCCAUAAAAGAAAUCUUAGCAGGCACAUUUGAUUCCAUGCCGAACCUACAACUCCUGUAUCUCAACAACAACGUUCUGCGGAGCCUCCCUGCCUACGUGUUUGCGGGUGUCUCUUUAGCCAGACUGAAUCUGAAAAACAACCACUUCAUGACCCUGCCAGUGAGUGGUGUCUUGGACCAGCUGCAGUCAUUGACCCAGAUAGACCUGGAGGGGAACCCGUGGGAGUGUUCCUGCGAUCUUGUCGCCCUCAAACUCUGGCUGGAGAAGCUAAGUGAUGGAGUGGCUGCCAAAGAGGUGAAAUGUGCCUCCCCAGUGCAGUUCUCCAACAUAGAGCUGCGCCUCUUGAAAAAUGAGAUCCUGUGUCCGAAGCUCGUUGUGAGACCACCGUUUAUUCUGACAAGCGCCACCCCUAUUUUGACCUCAGUGUCACCUGCCGGAGUCGGCAAAGCACCACCAGGAGGGCCUGUGCCUCUCUCCAUCAUGAUCUUAAGCAUCCUCGUAGUGCUUAUCCUGACUGUGUUCGUGGCCUUCUGCCUUCUAGUCUUUGUCCUGAGGCGGAAUAAAAAACCAGUGGGCAGGCAGGAGGGCCUUGGGAACCAGGAGUGUGGCUCCAUGUCGUUGCAGCUCCGCAGACACAGCCACAAAUCCGGCAAGAAAGGCUCCAUCCCGGGGGACGACUUGGGAGCCGAGACGUUCAUCCCCCAGACCAUCGAGCACAUUGGCAAGAGCCACACCUGCGGGAUCGGACGCUCUUCGGACAUGGAUGCCGGGUUCAAGUUUGCAGACUCGCAGAGGCAGAAGAUCAUCCUCCGGAACACCGCCGACAAGGAUAAAGACUCGCUUUCCACCCUGGAGCGCAACAAACGCCUCAGCACCAUCGACGAACUCGAGGAGUUCCUUCCCCACCGAGAGCCCAGCAUGUUCAUCCAGAACUUCCUGGACAGCAAAAGAGAUUUCAACAGUAUAGGGAUGGGCGGGUACGAAAUCCGCUACCCAGAGAAAACGCUGGAUAAAAAGAUGAAGAAGUCAUCGCUGAUAGGCGGGAACCACAGUAAGAUCGUGGUGGAGCAGAGAAAAAGUGAGUAUUACGAGCUGAAAGCCAAGCUCCAAGGAACGCCUGAUUACCUGCAGGUGCUCGAGGAGCAGACUGCUCUGAGCAAAAUGUAGGGAUUGUUGUGUUUGAUUUAGCGCAUUGAUUACACACACAAACACACACACACACACACAAGGAAGUCAGACACACACGCAGGCAGACAGACAGCCAAACACAUCUGCCUUUCUCUGGUUCCUUCUGGCCACACACACACACACACACACAAACCAUUCAACCCCCUCGAUCUCUCGCUUUCCGUCCUCAUGUCCCUCUCUGCAGCCACAUGCACACACACUCCCACACACAGCAAAAAAAAGUGCCUUCUGGAAAUCCUUAAUGACCAAUGCAGAGAUGGACAAAAUGGCUCCACACUACAAAAGCUAUUACUAGAAUCAGCGUGGAUCUGUUUCACAGUAAACGACCUUUUGGAUUAUCCAUGCCACUACGUGUGUGAA